AUGGUCAUUUCUAUGCAUUUGCUGCCGUGCAGCUGCAUACAUGUUCAAGAGGACCAUAUGGGGAUAGAAGGUUUCCAGGACAUCCCUCGAACACUGGGUAGGUCAUGCUAUCUUGGACGGUAUGGUGCUGGUCUUGGGUUGAAUAUGGACCACCCUAGGACUGAGUCUGGUGUUGAUAUACGUACGGAUGAGGAAGAGGACUGA